AUGACUUCAUCCAGUACGAUAGAAACAACGCUAUUAUCAUCUAUUCUCAUUACUACUGCAGAAAUCGGCACGACUAUGCAUGCAACCUACGUCAACACUAAUGAAACAACUAUGACUAGUACAAAACAAACAACUAAUUCCAUCGAAAUUGAUGAUCUUACAACAUUGAUCACGAUUAGUACUGCACGGCCAAUCGCCUCUUUUACGGAGUUCGACACUACAGUACUAUUAACCGGCAAUAAUACUUCAUCACGAAUAACGUCUACUAUUCGUGAUAUUCUAAUGUCAUCAGAUAUUGUUAGUACACCUAUGUAUAGUAGUGAGGUUCUGGUUUCAACUACAACAGAUAUUUCUAAUAUCACCUUCGGUAUAAAAUCAACAACACAUAUGAUGACCAAUACUACUUCUAAAAAGCCGGCAAUCAAUAUUAAAACAUCAAAGAAGAUUUCGAAAACGUCUACUACAUCAAUUGUACCUUUAGGGAAACUUCCUUCAAAUAAAAAAUCAUCACCUCACAUUCAAUAUGUCAUAAUUAUACUUUCUAUAAUUGGAGUUAUGGCAUUAAUAGCGUGUCUUGGCUUUUUUUAUCUACACCAUCAAACUAACGGAACAGAAAGUUUCCUAGACCGAAAUGACAGUGAUGAAUCGUUAUCUUCAGUUUCGACAAAAUCUGAUCAGAAUCCAUCCAGUGCAUAUGAUGAAGAAAAACCACUAACGGAUAUCAUCUCACAAGUACCAUUACCUUUGAAACAGGAAGGACAAUCAAAAAUAUUCAAUAAAAAGAGCCCUGGACGGAUAUUUAGUCAAAUAGAUCCAGAUGGUCUUUAA